CAGCUGUCAAAGUUGACUGUGUUCUAAUACUACAGCACAUCCUCACGAGGUUUUAAUAUGGUAUGAAGAAGAAGUGGGUUAAAAUGUUAGAAAAGAAGAAAACGUAUCUAGUUACAAUCGCCGUGCUCGAAGGUCGACACUAUACUAUUUUGAAUAUGGACUCAGCUGUUGUCGUCCGAAUUGGUGAUCAGAAAAAGACCACUAAUGUGAAGUCAAAGAGCGACUGUCCUUUCUACAACGAGUAUUUUGUGUUUGAGUUCCAGACAACCCAUGAUAAAAUGAUGGAUACCCAGAUAAAUAUAUGUGUCAUUCGGCCAAGAACUGUUUGGAGAAAGACAAAAAUCUUGGGAUGUAUCACUUUAGAUGUUGCUACAGUUUUCUGUCAAAAAAAUCAUCAAUUCUAUCAUAAGUGGGGUAUACUGCAGUCGCCAAAACAUGACCCACUCACAGGGCCUAGAGGUUACUUGAAGCUGGAUAUUACCGUACUGACUAAAGGAGAUACCCCCACCAUACCAAGGCAUGUAGACAAUGACGAGAUAGAAGGAAAUUUACUACUAGCCGACGGCAUGUUCAUGGAGCGACAAAAGGCAUUAUAUAUGUUUGACGUAUACAAAUGCAUGCACCUUGUAGGUCAUCCUUCAGUGCACAUUUCGUCAAAUGACGAAGAAAAGAAGCGCCACCCAAACGUCUACGUUGAAGUAACAUUUGCAGGCCAAACUGUUAGAACAUCCAGUCUAGGAGGUACAGCCAAUCCAGAAUUUAAUGAAAGACUCAUCAUAGUUGACUUAUUUCCUCCACUGUGUCAGAGAAUAAAGGUUGACAUAUGCUAUGAGGAUCAUAUAGCCAUAAUGAAGGCUCAUCAUUUUACCAAGUACAUUAGCUUGAAAUCGAUCUCAAAUGGGAGUAAGGAUGGAUUCCUUCCGACAUUUGGCCCGUCACUAAUACAUCUGUAUUCGACUCACCCUAUGGAAGGCUACACGGCGACACUAAUGAUGGCCAUCAAAACCGAUUUGCAGCAGCAUCAAAUAACACCGGAAGCAAAGGAGAGCACCAUGGUGGAGUCGAUACCUGGACUUGACGAGCAAAAACAAUUCAAUUCUGAGCACAUACGUAUAGUCAGUCUAAUAUUUGACGUGACAUCUAUAAGCAAGCCAUACAGUGAUAAGCCAGUAUCAAUCUGGAUGACCUUUGGCGAGUCCUGUAAGCAGAAGUUCAAGAACUACAUUGUUAAUGCAACAGAGUCUCAGUUGCCAAGAAUAAACAAGAGAUUUGCCACGUUAUCAUUUGAUGAAUAUAAGCCGUGUUUAUGGAUAUACACUAAGGCAGCCAUUAAUAAAUCUAUUUUCGAGCGCAAUAUGCUGUCUAGGAUUGCAACUCAGCUGAAAACUAGUUUAGGAGAAAUUGAGAAAUUAUUUGAAGCAGCCGACGUGAAAAGGCAUUCUGAAGAUAUCGAAGAGAAGUUGUUAGAAGCUAUAGAUUACUUAAUUACUGCUACUGGAAAAUACCUUGACAUUACUAGCUCCCAUACUUGUGAAUACUAUACCGAAUUAGAUUUGUCAAAGCAAAGAAUUUGUCAUUCUACACUUAGGCAAAUCAUCUCUGAUUUGAGAAACGUAUUCGAGAAGAGUGCAAAGAAGCGCACAUUCAGGAAGCUGCAAAGGUUCAGCCAACUCAUUGACUCUCUAAUUGAGGAAGUAAGGAACCCGAACAUUUACUACCGAAAAAUUGCAGCUCAGGUCACGGCAAACGUUGCUAUCAACUCCAAAAUUGUAGUAAUCUACCUACGCAACGACGCUGCUUUUUAGACAAGAAAACUAGUUUAAAGCUUCUCUCAGGCAUAAAAACUCGACAGUACGAGAGUACUGCCUUCUCG